AAAGAAAACAUGUUUCGAUGCUCUUCUUCAUCAUUGCUGGUCGGACACAAUGUCACAUUCUUCAUAGAUUAUAAUACUCAGCCUGGCGAGAACUUGUACAUCGUUGGCUCCCAAUCAUACCUCGGAGAAUGGGAUGUUUCCCGAGCCAAACGAAUGACUUGGAACACAGGCAAUGUCUGGGAUGUCAAGAUUGGUUUCUCUAUGGAUGUGUCUGUCCAAUACAAGUAUUUUGUAAUGAAUGAACACACUAAGCAAUGCCGUUGGGAGGAUAUAGAUAACAGAAAGAUAAUGAUCGAUACAAAUGAGAUGCUCGUUCAAGACCAUUGGAACGUUAUAAGGAAGCUGUCAGAUCCACCUCUACCAGAUGGAUCAUCUCCACAACCGAGACAACAUCAACAAUCACAGGACUCCACCAAGAAGGAACAGGAACAGACUCAGAAGACAACCUCCCCAACAAAGCCAACUCCAACAAUUACCUGGACACCGACAAACACUCAUCCUCCAAGGUCCAAUCCAAACCGAGCAAUGCUUCCAACAUCACCAUCAGCAGGUGUUGUCACAAGUUGCUCUGUUCUGGCGGCAAUGUCACAGCCAUCACUAUCGAAAGAGUCAACAGUUGGACAACCAUUGAUGAACAAGGCAUCACUAUUGGAG